AUGUCCAGCACAGAGGCGACUCACCCAGACCCAGCUGUGGUCCCGCAGGAACCUUCGGCUCCAGAGAAGCGAGGUCUCGAGCCCGUCAAGCCGCCCCAGAAUCUGCCCGGUGCAGUUUCGACGACGGUCUCCAAGGCCGAUGAGCUGCUAGUACGCUUGAGCAAAAUGAUCAAAACAACCGCCGGCUUGGGCGCGGCCCUGUCGACGCUCAACUACUCUCUCUACGUCGCUGCAUACCUCCACGCACAGUCGCCCACCCGAGCUGCCGUCAUCGCCUAUAUCUCACGCAUCGUGGGGCGGGCGUCCAAAGCGCCCAUCGUCGCGGCACCAGCAACAACUGCAGCAGCAACGUCCUUCCUCACACCGCUCGGAGCCCUUAUCUCCGACACCCGCACGAGCUUGCGCCUGACAGGGCUCCUCCCUCUCUACAUCUGGAUGAAAACGCUCCUAUCUCGGAAGACAUCCAAAGAGAUGGACCCCGCUCUCCACCGCAUCGCCCUCCUCCAAUGCGCAGGCUACAUUGGGUUCCAACUGAUCGAGAACAUCUACCAUCUGGCGGGCAAGGGGAUCGUGCCGGUCUCUGUGCUGGAGAAGCGCGGCGGCGUCGCGAAAUGGGUUGCCUGGAGCUGUCGCGCGUGGCUCGUCGGCGUAUCGUCGGAUUUCCUGCGCUUGUGGCGCGAGGCCGAGCUAGAGAAAUCGCGCGCCUCAACCAGGUCUGCGAAGGAGAAGGAGGAGUUUGAUCGCAGGUGGUGGAAUGAGUUCAUGACUGCUGCCUACUGGCUUCCUGUUGCCGUGCAGUAUAGUAAUUACCCUGAAGGUGUUGGGUUGAAUACGGGUGUUAUCGGCCUCUUGGGCAUGAUGGCUGGUCUGACCAAUUUCAGGAAUGCAUGGGCUGCUACUGCUUGA